AUGCCGCCCCGCUUCGCGCGCAGGACGUCGCGCGACUCGGCCCGUUCAGCCCUGUCGACAGCAUCACAGGAGACGUUCGCGACGGCACUUGCCUCGCCGCCGACGUCUACUCCCUUCGUGUCUCCCGCGCUCUCGACUCCGUUCGCGACGCCGUUCACGCCCUCCCUCUCGCCUCUCCCGACGGCCGGGUACUUCGACCCCGAUCCCCAGCCCCAGCCCCAGUCCCAGUCGGAAUGGGUCGAGUUUAAUCCAGAGGACCUUAAAGUUGGUAGCCCAGCUGGGUUCGAGUACACCUGGCUCCUCCACUCUGAGACAAGCUCUGCUUACGAUACCGAGGACGAGCGGGGUGAAGUGCGACGGGGCCGAGUGUCCGAGCUGUCGGUCUUCUCUGUAGCCCAAUCCUCCAUUCUGUACGAACUCGAGCCCAUCAGACAGAUGAGAUCUUUAAGUAGAGGGAAAGAAGUGUACAUGCAAAUCAGCUACCUACUGCCUCCUGCCUAA